AUCAGUACAUACAGGAAGUCAUGAUCGGCUGUCUGGUCAACGGGGAACGGAGCAAGAAAGAGCCGAAGAGGGAAGCGACACAACAAUGUCACCUGUUCUCCAACCAGCAGCGGACUGUGAGCUGAUCGUCUAACCCCCACGGUCAAACCAGGCCUCCGUCCUCCAUGCCUGCUACCCCAGGCUUCACUCGACUGGAGCAGAAUGAGCCGAUGAAUAAUCUGCGUAUUUCUGUCGGAGGCCUCCCUAUGUUGGCUUCCAUGGCCAACACCACUGACCCUCGUUUCCGCCUUAAAUGGAAGCCCAUCGUAGCAGUGGCCGCCUCCCUGGCGUUGCUUCUGCUGCUCUUCAUGCACUUGAGCUCAGGUAUGCGCCCCCGCUCUUUCGCCCCCCACAGCUGGAAAACAAGCCGCGGAGACUCCCAGCAGCCCGAGUCCCAUUACAACGACACCUACCCACUGAGCCAGCCUGAGCGCACGCCGCAGGGCACCCGCUAUCGCAUCGGGGUCAUCGCUGACCUGGACACAAGCUCUCGUAGUGAGAAGAAGCUGACGUGGUUCAGCUACAUGCGACGGGGGUACCUGUUGGUGUCAACAAGCGGGGACAAGGUGGCAGUUGAGUGGGAUGCAGACAGGGUGGUGUUGGAGAGCCACCUGUCGGAGAAGGGCAGGGGUAUGGAGCUGUCGGAGCUGGUGGUGUUUAAUGGGAAGCUCUACAGCGUGGAUGACAGAACGGGUGUCGUCUACCACAUAGACGGGGACAAGGCGGUGCCCUGGGUCAUCCUAACUGAUGGAGACGGCAGUGUUGCCAAAGGGUUCAAAGCUGAGUGGAUGGCAGUGAAGGACAAGCACUUGUACGUGGGCGGUCUGGGCAAAGAGUGGACGACAACAGAGGGCGUAUUUGUCAACAACAACCCAGAGUGGGUGAAAGUGGUUGGCCACAGAGGGGAUGUGCAACAUGAGAACUGGGUUCCAAAGUACAAAUCUCUGAAGUCUGCUGCAGGGAUAAAGCCUCCAGGGUAUUUAAUCCAUGAGUCAUCGGCCUGGAGCGACACCCUGCAGCGCUGGUUCUUCCUUCCUCGCCGCGCCAGCAAGGAGCGCUACGAGGAGACGGCAGACGAGCGGCGGGCCUCGAACCUCGUCCUCAGCUGCUCGCCCGAUUUCAUAGACAUCCGGGCAAGCCGAGUGGGUGAGCUUAACCCCACUCACGGUUUCUCCUCGUUCAAGUUUGUGCCCAACACGGACGACCAGAUCGUUCUGGCUCUCAAGUCAGAAGAAGACGCUGGAAAUAUCGCCACGUACAUCAUGGCGUUCACACUCGACGGGCGCAUCCUUUUACCCGAAACCAAGAUUGGAGAUGUAAAAUACGAGGGCUUGGAGUUCAUUUAGAGUGAGAGGCGCGCUCUUUAAGCAACUGCACUGUUCCAAUUUGUUUACAACGCUGUGACUGUUGAAGUUACUGUACUCGCUGCUUCCUCUUUGAGACAUAACUCCAACCCUUAAAGGAUCAUCUUCAGAGUGAAGACGUUUGAACCGAGACUGUCAAACAUGGUACUGUUUGGAUUUCUGAGGAAGUGCAAGCUAGAAACAAAUGUCUGGUGUUGGAUCAUCUGUUUCCCAGGCUGAAUGUGACUCUCAACAGCACGUAAGCCUUUUCUGAAAAUGAAUGUACAACAAAAUGAUGAAUCAGACUGUGACUAUUUCAUGCACAUACUGUACACUCUCAAAAGCCCCCCCCCCCCCCCCCUUGUGCUCCGUGUUAAACAUUCCUAUGUACACACCGAACACGUUCUUCUUCAUCUAUUUUUAUUCUUCCUAAAACUCAACAUUAAUUGAAGGACAUUUUUUUUCUGUGCAAAACAAAUCAUUCUGUUUGAAAUGUUUGUGGUUGAAUGGCUGAGUAAAACCUUGAUUCUUA